ACUUUGUCCCUGAAGAUCUCUGCACACUGAGAGGAGCUGACUCGUUCAGGCACACGACAGAACAUCACUUUUCAGAACUCCAGCAUGCCUUCAAUGAAACAUGAUCCUGUGACAAGUGCUGUGUUCUCAGCAGAUGAUAUUCCAGCUGAAGAUGAUCAAACUAUUUUAACCUCUGACUGUGCUCCCACUGCUGCAGUUUGUGGCGUGGUUGCACUGGUUGUUUGCAGUUUGAUAGUCACUGUCGUCCGGUAUAAAUGGAGACGGGCCAAAGCUGAUUUGCAGAGGAAAAUUACAUCUCUUCAAAAUGAAUUACAAAAGAGGGACAGGGAAGAACAGGAGAACAUUGCACAGGUGGUUUCCAGCCUACAGGGACUGAUAAAGGACCUGGAGGCACAGAGAGAUCAAGUCAAAGGAGAACUGAAGAGAGUUGAGGCAGAGAGGGAAGAGAACAAGAGGCAGCUUUGGUUAGUGGAGGCAGAAAUAACAGAGAGAGAAAAGCUAUUUGACAAACCAGAAGGAUUAUUGAGAGAUAAAGAAAAGCUACUGCAGGAUCAGUGGAAACUGGACGAGACAAAGAGGAACAUAGAGAGACAGAUACUGAACUUAGAGAGAGUGCUGGAGCCAGUGGAGAUACAGUUUAGUAGAAUGAUCAGGAAGAGAGAUGUCCAGAUAUCGAUAGAUUAGACAAACAGAAGGCAAAUUAGAAAUUAGAAAUCACUUCAAAUGCUUUAUCCAGCUUAUCGUGGAGGAAACAAACAAAAGAUUGGAUUGUGUUAUUAGAGAUGUAGAGGAGCUUAAGACCAGCUUAGAAUUCACUCAAGAUAAGUUGGAAGAUAUGAGAAUGGGACACAAGCAGAUGAAAAGAAAGAUAAAGUCUUUUGAAAAUAACGCCAUGAGUUGUAAGCUGGGAGUGUAUGAAAGGUUUGCCAAGCUGGACUACAGUGAAAAUCAGUACAGGAGAACAAACAUUUUAAUUGAUGGGAUUGCUGACGAGAAAGGAGAAACCUGGAGUGACUCAGAGAAGAAGGUUCGACAAAUCCUCUCUAGCAACCUGGGACAAGAUGGCACAAAUAUUGAUAUUGAGCGUGCUCGGAGAAUUGGCCUGUACUGGGAGGGGGGUAUGCCCAGGAAAAAAGUUGUACAGCUUUUAAAGACAGACAGUGUAUCCUUUCCCAAGAAAUUAAGGGGCACAAACAUCUAUAUAAAUAGAGACUUCUCAGAGGCUGUGCAACGGAGGAGGAAAGAGCUGCUGCCCAACAUGAAAGCUGCCAGAGAAAGGGGUGACAAAGCCAGCUUGAAGUUUGACAAGGUGGUUAUCAGGCCCAGAGGUGGACAAACACAAUCAUGAGUUUAAAGCUAUUGAUGUUUUAGCAUUUGAUCUUAGAAUUUUGCCUCAUUUUAAUUUUUUCAUGCAGUUCUUAUUUAUUUUAUGUGCUCAAAUAAUAACAGUACAUCUUUGCCAAGGAAGGGUUUGGUUUUGGCUCGCUAAAUACAUGCAGCUUUAGAAACAAGGUUCAUGAGAUUACCAGAAUCUGCUUCUCUGACAAUAGUCAUGUUUUAGCAUUGUCAGAACACACCUGGACGAUACUUUUGAUGAUUUUCAGCUAGCUGAUGAAGGAUGUAGGAUAUAUAGAAAAGAUAGGGACAAAUAUGGUGGUUGCAUUUUAUGUUUAGGGCCACAUUUCGGCUUUUCUAGGAAAAGAUGUGCUCUAAAUUUUAACGGCUCAUCUUGGGGAGGUAGACUGUACAGCCUAACCCAGCGGGGGAGUGUUAUAGCCUAGCAAGACUUCCCUCCAUGGGUCUACCUCCUCUGUGA